UCCUUAUUUUUUCCACUUUUUUGUGGUAAGAUCACAAGACAGCCACCAUUCCAUUUCAAUGGUCAGUUGACUGCAAACUGAAUAAACUGUAACUUUACCUACUAGCUGAUAUGGGUAGGACUUGUAUAUACCCUGCUGUGCUUCUGUGCUUGAGCAUGGCCAGUCUUGUUCUGGGUCUGCUGCAUGGAUCCCCUCCCUUCACCUUCUCUCACGAGCCUUUCCUCACGGUGUGGAACGCGCCCACGGCCCUCUGUAAGUCUCGCUUUGGUGUCGACCUGGACCUGAGCGUGUUCAACAUUGUCCACAACCAAAAUCAAAGCUUCAUGGGAGCCAACAUGACCAUCUUUUACAAGGACAAACUGGGAAGGUACCCGCGCUAUGCAUACAACCAGGCUGUCUUUGGUGGGGUGCCUCAGAACUCCAGUCUGAGCGAACACCUCAGAGCUGCUGCUGAGGACAUCAGGGCUAGCCUUCCAAACAGGGACUUCCAGGGGCUGGCAGUGGUGGACUGGGAGGACUGGAGGCCACUGUGGGAGCGGAACUGGGACACGAAGGCCGUGUACUGGGAGGCUUCCAGAGUGCUGGUGAGGGCCAAGCACCCAGACUGGAGCCCCGCCCAGGUGGAGGUGGUGGCCCGUAAGGAGUUUGAGGCGGCAGGAUGGAAGUACAUGGAGGAAACUCUGAGGCUGGGACAGAAGGCUAGGCCACAAGGACAGUGGGGCUUUUAUGGUUUUCCCCAAUGUUAUAAUUACUAUAAAAACUCGACCAACUACACAGGCGAGUGUCCUCCUUUGGAGAUCAAGAGGAACGAUGAGUUGUUCUGGCUUUGGAAUGCUUCCUCCACCCUCUACCCAGACAUGUACCUGGACUUGAACAUGCGUGGGCUUGGCAAGGAGAUCCUCUUUUACACCAAACAUCGGGUGCUGGAGGCCAUGAGGGUCGGGGCGCAGGUCACUCCCAGAGCCCCGGCUGUGAUCGUUUACGCUCGCAUCGUUUACACCUUCUCCCUGGACUUCCUCUCUCAGGAAGACCUGGUCCACACGAUAGGAGAGGGGGCGGCCCUGGGAGCUGCAGGGGUGGUGCUGUGGGGAGACUCCAUGUAUGCCAAAUCUCAGGCAUCUUGUGAGGCAGUGAAGGCCUACGUCGAUGAAACCCUCGGCCAUUACCUGGUGAACGUGACCUCUGCAGCCACACUGUGCAGCAGGAUAGUGUGCUCCUCUCAGGGGCGAUGCCAGAGGAGAGACCCAAACUCCGGGGCCUACCUCCAUCUGGACCCUGCUGCCUGGACAGUGGUGUCUGUGAAGAGGCCCCAGGGAGGGAAGGAUUACAGGGUCCUGGGGCGACUGAACCGGCCCGAGGCUGUUUACAUGGAGGCCCAGUUUGUGUGCCAGUGUUACCCUGGCUGGGGCGGUGAACACUGUGCCAAAACCUUGCAGAGAUGAGAGACUGUUUUUUCGAAGGGGGAUCCCAUCGGUUACAGCACUGUGUCUGAACAUAUUCCUGUGUGACACUAACCUCAUUGACAAGACUUAACAAAGGGAUGUGUUUCAGCAAACUCUGAGCAGAAGAAGUCCUGUCUUUUUGAGCUUGUUUACUAAUAUUAGCUUUAAGACAUUACAGUUAUUCUGUAUCACCACACCUACACUAUGGGAUUCUUGGAUACCAACUAAACACAUUGCUACCUACUUUUACCAGCCAUUGCCUAUUGAAUGUAUGGUUUUUAGGAUGGCUUUUUACGAUAUGUUUACUCAUUAGUGUUCUGUGCAAUGUUUUUGUGGUAGUGUUAAAUGAAAUACAGUACUGUUCACAUUGAUUCUUGAAGACUUGCUUUGUUUAUGUUUUAACUAAUUCUAAAUAAACAAAACUGUGGUACAGUAUCUGG